GCACAAAACCUGAGCUAAUUGGCAGUUAUCAUGCACAGGACAAGGAGACGUUGGUCAAACAUUUGUUGAGUGCUAGUCCAAUGGCUAAUAACCAUGACGUGGACACCUCCAGUACUUCCUAUACUUUCUCUUUUUUGACAAUCAGAUCCAAUUCUGACCCCAUCUACACAUCUGCAUCCUCUCCAGUGAACCCUUCCCACCUUGUGCACCCUCACUCAGCUCCUUUGCCCAUCUCUAGAGAGCCAGAUAUUCCCAGAAUCAUCAAACACAAGCCCAGCUCCAUCACCUUUGCAGAUUACGAAAGCCUUUCUGGUCUGAUCCAGAGCGCCCAGGCCAAUGUGAGUUCAGAUGUUUCUGAGACAUCUUCUGAAGAUGAAAGUCAUGAUGUGGUCUUCCAUGACAAUGGUGAUGAGGUGUUUCCUGAGGUACCCAAGUUCAAAGAGCUUCUUCCAGGCUUCAGACAACAGAGGAGUAGUGGUUGGGAGAAGCAAAGGAGGGAAGGAACCUGUGGAGAGGCGAGUGGAGAACGAAGCUCCACCACCAGUCUUCCACCCACCAGCGCCAGCAGUUAUGAGGCCGAGGAGGAGAGCAGCGGUACUGAGGAGUCUCCGCAGGUCCUGUCUCCAUGGUCUGAAUCAAUGACCCAGCUGAUGCGAAGAUUAGAUCAGCUGAACUUGGACAUAGAGGAAGCUCUAAGUGCUGGCUCCUCCCCCUCUGACACACCCAGCACCGCCCGCAAACACACAGCCAAUGACAGAGAAUUCCUGCAGAGUGGAGUUGCAGGGGUAAGCCAGACCCUCAAAUACAGCAAUAUGGCCAGAAGAACAGACACGAGGGAACGCCACGGCCAAGAGAGACUCACAAAAGCCGGAGGCGCUUUCUCUCUGGGGAGAUCACAUGGUAAAAAGACAGAGAUGUCCAUCAAGAAGAGGCAUGGAGCUGCAGAAAUCGAGGCGAAGGAAGCAUGUGACUGGCUGCGGGCAGCAGGAUUCCCCCAGUACGCCCAGCUCUUUGAAGAUUCUCAAUUUCCUAUUGACAUCUCUCCUGUGAAGAAAGACCAUGACUUCUUGGACAAAGACCUAGUGGAACCUCUGUGCCGGCGACUGAAUACGUUAAACAAGUGUGCUUCUAUGAAACUUGACGUGAACCUUCCCAAGAAAAAAAGUGAAGACUCAGAUGAAGAUGACCUCUUUGCCAUCAGCGACAAAUGGACUUUUGAAUGGAGCAGUCGCCGUUGGUCCAGGCUCCAAGACAUUGACUGCCUUCUGAGGGGUGUGGAGAACAGGAACCUAGCUGAGCACUCUGCAUUGCGGACAGCAACCAGCAGUGAGAGCGUUCUGAGCGAACUGGAGAUCUCCUCAAUCCACAGCGAGAGUAGUGGUGGCAGUGGUGGCAUUUGUGCGCACAGCGCGGAAGACUCAGAUAGCUCCCACCGCACCUGUUCGGACUCAGUAGCCAUGCCAGACCACACGUCACUGGGAGUGGCCCAUCUCUCUCCAGAUCUUUCAAGCUAUGACUUGCUGCCUGGAAAACACAGCAAGCGAGGACGGACGCGAGCUAAAGAGUUCUUACGCCGUAUGGAGGCUUUGCAGUUACGGGGAGCGAUGGGGGGUGGAGGACACAGGAAUCUCGUUAUAAGUGCCCCGGUUCUGCAACAGGAACCCGAGGCAGCGAAAACUCUCCGCUGUGUGGAGAUCAUCAAUGGAGACAGGCAUCUUGUAGAGCCGCCCUCUGGGAUGGGGUUGACAUCUCAGUCCAGUAGUGAAGGAAGUAGCAGCCAGUCAAGUGGAAGUGCUGUCAGUACUCCAAACCUCAAGGAACGCAACAUCCACCGGGCUGAUCACAAGCGCAGUGGGAUGUACUUGGAAGACCUAGACGUGUUCUCCAGUGUCAUCCAGGGUAAGCGAGUAGCUGAGCAGAACCGUCGCAACGAGUUUCGCUCCUACGAAGACCUAGUGGUGCAUAUUCCUAAAGACCACAAGCCUGGAACCUUUCCUAAAGCUCUUUCCAUAGAGAGUCUUUCUCCCUCAACGGCAAACUCCAUUACCUGGCAUUCGUCAAGCAUGGACUUAGACGUCCAGCGUCCACCCAGCAUCAAAGAACCUCGUCCCAUCACCUCCCAAGGCAGUCGGAUCAGUAUUUACGACAAUGUACCUGGGUCGCACCUCUAUGCCAGCACUGGUGACCUCAUAGACUUGGAAAAGGAAGAUCUAUUCCCACAUUUGGAUGAUAUCUUACAGCAUGUUAAUGGGCUUCAGCAGAUCGUGGACCAUUGGUCCAAGAAUGUACUGCCCAAUAGUGAAAGUGCAGGACAGGACCAAGUGGAUCUGGACAGAGAUCAGAUAGGGGGCCUGCAGUCUUCCAGCCAGAUAACGCUGGACUUUGAGGGACACUCGGCGCUGGAGGGUCAUGCUACACCCAGUGAUGGAGACAGGGAUGGGGUCUCACUUAAUGAAAUGGAAUCCACAGGCAUGAGGGAGAGGAGAGAUUCAGGCGUAGGGGCUUCGCUUACCAGACCAAACCACUUGCGAUGGCCCAGCUUCCAGAUUUCAAACCGCCUCAGCCAUUCAGUUGCCUCUCUCCAGAUCACCAACCAAUCUGCAGCCCAGCUUAGCCUGCUACAGAAAUUUUCCUUGCUCCGUCUCACUGCCAUUAUGGAGAAGUUCUCCAUGUCCAACAAACAUGGCUGGACCUGGUCGGUGCCUAAGUUUAUGAAGAGGAUGAAGGUUCCAGACUAUAAGGAUAAGAAUGUGUUUGGUGUUCCACUGAUUGUGAAUGUACAGCGCUUUGGUCAGCCACUACCUCUUGGUGUACAGCAGGCUCUGCGAUACCUCAGAAGCCAAUGCCUCGACCAGGUGGGUCUUUUUCGCAAGUCGGGGGUGAAGUCUCGAAUCCAAGCUCUCAGACAGAUGAAUGAAAGUUCUCUAGAUGAUGUCAACUAUGAGGACCAGUCUGCUUAUGAUGUGGCAGACAUGGUCAAACAGUUCUUCAGGGAUCUACCUGAGCCUCUUCUGACCAGCAAACUGGAUGUGCCCAAAGAGCAGCGCUUGCAGGCCGUACAGGCAGCAAUCAUGUUGAUGUCAGAUGAGAACAGGGAGGUCCUGCAAACCCUACUCUGCUUCCUCAGUGAUGUCACUUCCUCUGUACAGGAGAAUCAGAUGACACCCAUGAACAUUGCAGUGUGUCUGGCACCCUCACUCUUUCAUCUCAACAUCCUUAAGAAGGACAAUCUUGCGCCAAGAGCUAUGCAGAUGCAGAAGAAGUAUUCCACAGGGAGGCCAGACCAAAAGGACCUGAAUGAAAACCUGGCUGCCACUCAGGGCCUGGCACACAUGAUCACAGAGUGCAAUCACCUGUUUGAGAUUCCACACGAAAUGGUGACCCAGUCACGGAACUCCUACGUGGAGGCAGAGCUUCAGGCUCCUACGAUUGAGGAACUCUGCAAGCAACAGCAUCAAGAGGAGGAGGGGGAGGAUGAAGGCUCCUGGCCUGUAUUCAUGGAGGCCAGACUACAGGGUCUCCUCAAAGAAGCCCGGGAGAAGGCUAAAGGCUGGGUGUCCUGCCAGAGCACAGGCAAUACUGAGCUGUCAUAUAAGAAGGUGGGUGAUGGGAACCCGCUCCGGCGUUGGCGGGUCUCGGUGGAGGUAGAGGCCCCUCCAUCUGUGGUUUUGAACCGUGUGUUGCGGGAGCGCCACCUUUGGGAUGUGGAUCUUAUGAACUGGAAAGUGUGUGAGGUCCUCGACAGACAGACGGAAGUGUUCCAGUAUGCCCUCAACUGGAUGCCUCCCCACCCCAGCAGAGACUUUGUGGUGCUCAGGUCGUGGAGGACAGAUCUGCCACGGAGGAUGUGUUCUCUGGUGUCUGUGUCCAUCGAGCAUGAGGAUUGUCCACCUUUAGGAGGCAUCAGAGCAAUAGUGAUGGAAUCUAAUUACUUGCUGGAGCCUUGUGGCUCUGGAAAGUCCAGACUCACCCACAUAUGCAGAGUGGAUCUGAAAGGGAGAACCCCAGAAUGGUAUAACAAAGCAUACGGACACCUGUGCGCCGCCGAAGCUGCCCGUAUUCGCAACUCUUUCCAGCCAAUCCACACAGAGGGUCCCGAGACAAAAAUUUGAGCCUUUCUGUUGUGCAGUGAUUGUCCUGUGACUCUUAAAAUGUUAUGAGGAACAUCUGCAGCCCUUUGACUUUUACACGAUGGGUCAGGUCUUGGUAUUAUACACCCAAACGGGUGUGUUGUCAACUUACCAAUGUACCUUUAUCUUGACCAUUUGUAAUAUGAUGUCAUUGUAACUAUUGUUAUUUGUAUUAUAAUUAAUUAUUUUAUUCUUUUUUAUGUGUAUAUGGUCUUAUACAAUGUAUAGGACACCUAAGCUCUUAAGUGCUUCUGGGAAGCAUGUAUUUUAUUGAAUUAAAAUAAAUAAAGCUAUAUUUGCACAUGCAUGCACCACAUGUCCAUGUAUGUUUGUUUUUGUGUAUGUAUGUGUGUACACACAACUUAUGUAUAGACUAUAAUAAAUAUAUACAACCCCAAUUCCGAAAAAAUUGGGACAAUAUGAAAAAUGCUAAUAAAAACUAAAAUGAGUGAUUUGUAAUUUAUAUUUACCCUUUGCUAUAUUGAAAGCGCUACAACUACAUAUUAUAAGAUGUUUUAACCUGUAAAUUUCAUUGUUUCUUUAUGUACAGUGAUUUCAAAUCAGAUGAUUGCAACACUCUCCAAAAAAGUUGGGACAGUCAAGUGUUUUCCACUGUGAAACUUCACCAUUUGUUAUAACACUUAAGCAUUUUGGCACUGAAGACACAUGUUUGUUAAGUUUAGAAAGUGGAAUUUUCCCCCAUUCAUCCAUUACGUAGGUCUUUAGCUGCACAAUUGUACGGGGUCUUCGUUGCCGUAUGGUGUGCUUAAUAAUGCGCCACACAUUCUCAAUUGGAGACAGGUCAGGACUGCAGGCAGGCCAAUCUAGCACCCGCACUCUGCUUACACAGCCAUGCACUUGUAAUCCGGGCAGUAUGUGGUUUGAAGUUGUCCUGCUGGAAAAUGCAGGGACAUCUCUGUAAAAGACAGUGCUAUAUGUUGCUCCAAAAUUUUUACAUAUCUGUCUGCAUUCAUGAUAUUCUCACAAAUGUGCGAGUUACCCAUGCCAUGGGCACUGACACACCCCUGGCCCAUACAGACACUGGCUUUUGGACCUGACACUAAUAACAGCUUGGAUGGUCCUUUUCCUCUUUGGCCCGGAUAAAACAACGGCUGUGUUUUUCAAAAACUUUUUGAAAUGUGGACUAAAAAAUACAGUUCCACUGUUCUACUUUCCAUCUAAGAUGAGACCGAACCAGGAGAAGUCGGCAGCGCUUCUGGACAAUGUUGAUGUAUGGCUUCUGCUUUGCAUAGUAAAGUUUUAACUUGCACUGUUCCCAAAGUGCUGGAUUAUUUGCUGAAGCAUCUGUUGGCAAAUUGACAAGUCUCGAACGAUCCUUGCUCUUGAAGGACUAAGCUGUUUUUGGAGGCUCCUUAUACAGUAUAUAGGACUAUGACACGAUUGCUUCUCCUGUUUUACAUUUCUUGUUUCACAUUGCCUUGUUAUUUCAACUCGUCAAAUUGUUAUUAGUCUUAAAUUGCCCGUCUCAACUUUUUUGGAGCGUGAGUCAAUCACCUGAUUUGAAAUUACUAUACAUUUAAAAAAAUAAAAUAAAAAUAAUGAAAUUUUUUCAUAUAAUGUGUAGUUGUAGUGCUUUCAAUAUAGCAAAGGGUGAAUAUAAUUGACAAAUCAUUCCUUUUUGUUUUUAUUAGCAUUUUCCAUAUUGUCCCAACUUUUUGGAAUUGCGGUUUUAUAUAUAUAUAUAUAUAUAUAUAUAUAUAUAUAUAUAUAUAUAUAUAUAUAAAAUGCUCAAAUAGUACAAACAUUUUGUAUUGAUAUCUAAUUUUGCACCGAUAUCAAUGUAAUUUAUAUGGCACAAAAUGUUACUCAAUUGUAAGCUGGGUCUACUUUGCUUUCUCUGUGUUGCUAUUUUAAUGUUUGUCCAAGAAUGGGUGUAAUAUUAUGGAAUUUGUAGUUGCUUGUUGUGAGGACGGACAUUAUGACUUGGGUUUGAUUUUCUCAGAUCUGCUUUUGUAGUACUGGAUUACAUUAGUGACAAAAAGAGACAGUGAUUUUUAAUUAAAUGAUGAAUAAUUGAAUUCAUAUUCAUUUGAUUACUGUUUUUUGCUCAUUAAUUGUCUGUUUUCUUCUCAGUUGUUACUUAUUGAUAUACUGGAGUAAAAGUCAGUAAUUACAUUAAUACUGUAAUCAUGAUCAUAACAAAUAUCUUAAUGAAACUGAAUUGAAAGCCAUUUUUUGUUGAACAAUGGGAUUUCAUC